CUCAAGCCUUCAAAAUUUCCAACAAUGGCAAUUAUCACAGAAGAACCAGAACCAGAGCUGAGGCAUAGAAAAGCAAAAAAGGAGCAAACUUUGUCACCCAAUAAAAUUCCAAAACCAAAAACAGAGACUAAUACACAAACACCAAACAACCCAUUUGUUUUCUGGUUUUACUUUACUCUUUCAGUCUCUUUAAUCACUCUCUUAACUAUCAUUUUAUCUUUUCUCUCUUCUUCAUCAACAGACCCUAAAUCCUUUUUUCUCUCACUUUCAGCUCCUCUGCGCCAACACUACUCUAAAGGACGUACCAUCAAAGUCCAACUUGCUCAGAACCAACCACCCACAGAGAUUUUCGCUGUAGAAAGUGGGAAGAAAGGUUCUUUGACUGAAAAGGUAGUGAUUGUUCAUGGGUUGGGUCUUAGUUCAUUUUCUUUUAGGAAAGUUAUUGACUUUUUGGGUUCUAAUGGGAUUCAUGGGGUUAUAUUUGAUUUGCCUGGAACUGGAUUUUCUGAUAAAUCAAUAGAAGUUCAUGAAGAAAGAGGAAAUGGGGUUUUUGAGAGGUUAUUCGAUGCUUAUAGUUUGAUUAAAGAGAAGGGUUUGUUUUGGGCUUUUGAUAACAUGGUUGAAACUGGUGAGAUUCCUUACGAAAAGAUUCUAUCUCAUUAUAGUACAUUAAAGAGUGUUGCCAAGCCUAUUGUACUGGGUGGUGAAGAGGUGGGCAAGGUGCUAGGACAAGUUAUUGAAACAAUGGGUUUAGCUCCUGUGCAUUUGGUUUUGCAUGAUUCAAGUUUAGGAAUGGUAGCAAAUUGGGUUUUGGAGAAUUCAGAGUUAGUCAGAAGUGUUACUCUUUUGGAUACUGGAUCAAGGCCAGCCUUGCCUUUGUGGGUUUUGGAAAUGCCAAUAGUUAGAGAGAUUGUUUUAGGGUCAAAUUUUGCAUUUCAGAGGUUGAUCGAAUUGUGUUGUUCAAAGGGGAUUGGUGGUCUGGAUUUGGAGGCACAUAGAGUGAUUCUGAAAGGUAGGGAUGGGAGGAGAGCUGUUGUGGGCACGGGUAAGAAGUUGAAUUCUAGCUUUAGUAUUCCACAAUGGGGUGGUUCGGAUGGAAUAAGGGGAUUGCCAAUUCAGGUGAUUUGGUCUAAUAGUUGGUCAAUAGAGUGGAGUGAGGAGGGGCGUAGGGUAGCUGAAGCCCUUCCACAUGCCAAAUUUGUUUUGCACUCUGGUGGGCGGUGGUCUCAGGAAGAUGCUGCAGAUGAGGUAGCUGAGAACAUCAUCAAGUUUGUAUCCUCUUUACCGAAGUCGGAUAGGAAAGUUGAAGGAGAAUCUAUACCAGAGCAUAUCCAGAAAAUGUUUGAAGAAGCAAAAGAGGGUGACCAUCACCAUCACGGUCAUGCCCAUCUUCAUGCGUCUAGCUACAUGGACGCCUACGGCCUUGGCCAUGGAUGGGGCACUUGAUUUAUUCUCUUCUUCGCCCUGAAACUGAGAUUCUCUAUGGGUUCCCAAUUAGGAGUGUAAUGCAGGCAUUUGCAGUAUCUCUAGCGCAGCAAUGCCCUCAGCUUGUGUGUGUAAUAUGCAUUGUUGAAAGAACAUUCUUCUGCAAUGACCAACUUUUUGUAAUACCAAAGAUAGUGUAUGCAACUUCAUCAUUGUGAUGACCAGCUUCUAUAUUUGUCAUAACUGAACUAAUGUAAUUUUAUGAAAAAUUUUCAGUAAACUUUGGGACAUCA